CUAGUAAACAGACAAAACAUUACAAGCAAUGACCGAACUAACUGAGGAGCAGAUUGCAGAGUUCAAGGAGGCUUUCGCCCUGUUCGACAAGGAUGGCAGUGGCUCCAUCACCACCCGCGAAUUGGGCAUCCUGAUGCGGUCCCUGGGCCAAAAUCCCACCGAGGCCGAGCUUCAGGAUCUAGUGAACGAGGUCGACAUCGAUGGCAAUGGCGAGAUCGAUUUCAACGAGUUCUGCCAGAUGAUGGGCAAGCAGAUGCGGGACACUGACACGGAGGAGGAGAUGCGCGAGGCCUUCAAGAUCUUUGACCGCGACCUUGACGGCUUCAUAUCGCCGGCAGAGCUCCGUUUUGUGAUGAUCAAUCUGGGUGAGAAGGUCAGCGACGAGGAGAUUGAUGAGAUGAUACGCGAGGCCGACUUCGAUGGAGAUGGCCUGAUAAACUACGAGGAGUUCGUUUGGAUGAUCAACCAAAAGUAGGCGCCCGAAAAAAAAUAUACAGUUACACACACCCUUUUAGAAAUAUUAAAGCUGUUCCUGUGGAUUGAAGAAAA